AUGCUUUACAAGUUGGCAAUAGUUAUGUUGUAUUCGAAGAUCAAUGAAUUGAUCGACUUACUCAUAUCCUCACGUGAGCUGAUUUACGAUUGGUUGUCAGCAUCUUGCUUAAGUUUUAUGUGUGUUUGCUGUCUACAUCACCUAUAUUAUAUACAGAAGUUAUCCCACUUUUUCAUUAUGACUUGUGACGAAGAGUUAGGACCAGAUCCCCUAUGGGAAACACAGUUGAGACCCCGAUUUCUUAAAGUGGCCGAGCUGUUGCUUCCACGUCGCAAUCGGCUUCCAGCUCGGCUCUUCAGUGCUAGUCUUAUUAACGGAGAGGAAGAGCAGCAAUUCAGUACUUCAAAUGAGCCAGAAACCGAGGUAGCCUUGAAGAUUCUACGUGUACUUCAAAUACAAAGACCACAGUCAUUUGACAGAUUCUGUGAGGUACUUCGACAAGUUAAGGAAUUACUUCCAGUGGAAAAAUGGAUCCGACCUAACCGUCGUAGCAUGGAAGCCCAGCCGCCAGCAAAGAAACUUAAGUUGGAAGUAGAAGACGAUCCAGGAAAGCAAGAGAUCAACGUUGAACAUCAGGCAGCACAUCCAACACAACAAAAUGACAAUCGCAAAAGCCAUCUUACUUACAGCAGCUCUUCUAAAAAGAGAGAAACUACAAAAAAAGUGCUCGCAGAUGCUCUGGCGAACGGACUUGGCUUUUCCAAAGAGAAGAUAACGUUUUAUCCUGUAAGUGAACCGCCUGCUUCUAGUGAAGGCGAAAAAAUUCUUAUCGCUGAAAAAGCUCUAAUUACAAUUGUUGUCAGUGGAGCCGAUAAAGCCGAGAUUGAAAAGCACAUCGAUAUGAUAACUUGCGUCAUUUCUACGAAUAGCAAAGUAAAGGAGUCAGAAAUCGAAAUUGUACAAAAGCUGAAUACUAACAGUUGUCUGUUGGUCAUUCGACUGCCGGGACUGGGAGCAGUGCACCUCAUCAUUGUGGUUUUGAGUUCGGAAGGAAGACUGAAGUUUCUUCAAGAGUUCGCACAAGCUUUGCCUAGAUCAGCUCUUGAAAUCAGAUUUGGAUUCGCUUCACUGCCAUGCUUUUCAGCUGCCUUGUUAGCAUUGUCUUCACACCCUGAUCACAAUGUAUUUAGACAUCGCCAAACAGGUCUCGACAUGUUUACUAAACUAGGCAGCAGAAUGUAUGCAAUGCAUCAAAUGACUUUGUCAUCACAGCAUCACCUUCUUCUUGAUACGGAAAAAAAUUACAGCACACAAAUAGUUGAACGUUAUUUUGCUAAAGUCGAUGAUUUAGCAAGCAAUUUUACAAAAAUUGAAGAGGAGAUUCUGAACUUGAAUCAUGUUCUUGAAUUCAACUUGAAAAGGAGACUUUAUGUUUUUGAACUCAACUUGAAAAUGACACAAGAUGUUCUGGAAUUCAAAAGAGUAAAAUCUUGUCAUAUCACCUAUUUAAAAUAUUAUAAAAAUGUAAUAAAGAAGUUGACUGUUUUAUUUGUGGUUUAG